CGGUGCUCAUCGAUGUUCCUCGGCGCCGAUGUUCUAUCGGCCGAUCGAAUCGUUACGGAUCAAUCCGUGCUGUGGCGUCGGAGGUGGCACUUCUACGGUACCUGAGGCUACUCAGCUCCAGGGUACCGGAACUGCUUUCGGAGCCACCUCCGCAAGAACCGUCAUCAUGCAAGAUCCGGUACUUGAGUCCAUUCUAGAGCAAAUGCGGGAGGCGGAGGCACGACGCGCUGAGCUCGAAAGGCAACACGCGGAAGCGCAGAACCAGCUGCGGGAGAAAUUAGCGGGUCGGUACCAGGGUCCGGAGUCGGUGGAAGCGUUGCAGUCGAAAAUUAGGGAACUGGAGAAGAAAACGGAGCUCCAGGUCGUGAAGUACGAGGAGCUAUCCCUGGAGUUGACGAGCCUGAGACGAGCCCGAAGCAGAGGACCCACCGUCGGCGGCCAUGCCGGCUCCACGGCGAUCCCUUCGUCGACGUGGCCGCCCGCGGGUUCGGAGAUCGAUAGAAUUAUUGCCAAGAUUGAGCAGGACAAUAGUGCUGGAAUGAUCCACGAAUUGGACCACACGCGAGGGACGGUGACAACGCAGCAACCCUCCGCCGCUCAAAAUAUUCUCCGAUCCAGUGCGGAAAAUCUCCCAAAUCUUAGUCAGCACCAGCAGCAUCCCCAGCAUCCCCAGCAUCCCCACGCACUCAGUCUUGGAAUGCCAACGCAAACGGCUCAGUAUGCGGCUUCGCCUAUGCCCUUGACGCCGAUGAUGCCCGGCUGUCCUCCGUUGACCCCAAACGGGCCACCGUAUUUCAGUGAACCGAUCCCACCCGCGCCUUCAUUAUCCACCAGCCAAUCGCAACCCGCCUUUCAACAGAAACUGCAACAAUAUCACCCGCAGCAACAGCAACACGAGUUGUCCAGUUCUCACUCACAAGGUGCUCUACCGCCGCAGCAGAAGCAACAGCAAGCGCACACCCACUUUCCGACCAAUCAGUUCCAAGAGAGUUACCCACACACCCGCACGCAAACUUAUCAGCAGCCUAUGCAACAACAGCAGCAACAGCACCUACAUUCCCAUCAGCAGCAACAUCCGACCUCGACGUCGUACUUGGCGUCGGUUAAUCAAAGUGGCGUGACGCAGUACAGUCAACCUGGUCCGGUCACUCAAAACUAUUCAUUGAACGGAACUCAGCAGACAACUACAUACUCGAACCUGCCAUUAGCAACGCAUCCCAAUGGAACGUACAACUCCGUCGUGACAAGCUACGGAACGCAAUUGGCACAUCACAACUAUCCCGUUCCUCAAACAAACCUACCACAGACGACGUUAUCAUCGUUAACCCCAUAUUCAACGCCAAGCUUUCAUUCGACACUGAAUGCUCUGAGUAGUGUGUCGCAACCUGGGCUUCCUUUUUCGAGCUGUCCGAGCACCUUCUCCACCACUGGAUCUACUUACUCGACUGUUGGGACCAAUGCUUUCGGCACAUCGGGCGUCGUUCCAGGGACUACGUCUGGAGGUCUCCUGCAAGCCAUAGGAGACCCCUUGCAAGCGAUGCAACAAUUGUCCGCCCAGUCGCAAGCCAAUCAGCUUCAACAACAAGCUAUCAUUCAACAAAUUCAACAAAGUCUGAGAGUUAGCUCGCCAACUGCUAAUGUGACAACGGGGCAUCAUUUCUUGGGCCCCAGGCAGAUGCCAAAAAUUCCAACUGGCAUUCUAACCAAUCCUUUGGAUCGCCUGACCAACGAGGGUGUUGUACCGGAGGGCCAAGUCGACAUGUUGGAUAUUCCUGGAAAGGGCAGAUGCUACGUUUACAUUGCUAGAUUCAGCUACGAACCGUCUCAGCAUUCACCUAAUGAAAAUCCGGAGGCGGAACUGCCGGUUCAAGGGGGAGACUAUCUACUUGUAUGGGGUCAGCCCGAUGAGGAUGGUUUCUUGGAUGCGGAGACCCUCGAUGGCAGAAGAGGUCUCCUACCCGCUAAUUUUGUGCAGAAACUGGUCGGUGACGAUCUGCUUGAAUUUCAUCAGGCUGUUCUCGGCCUCAGAGACGUUGACGAUGCAGCGUCCACAACUAUACCUCAAUGCUAUCUACAGGAUAUCGAUUUGGAAUUGGCAGCACUAGAGGAAGGAAAUCGCAAUCGUCAAGCCGAACUAUCUGCUUAUGCGGAGUUGGAUAACAUAGCGGAAGAGGAUGAGCAAGAACCGCCAGUACCGGCGCCUCAGCAUCUCACGCUUGAACGGCAGCUGAACAAGAGCGUCCUGAUUGGCUGGACGGCACCUGACAAUCCCAGUCAGCUGGAGUCCUAUCAUGUUUACGUGGAUGGAGUUCUAAAGGUCACCGUAAAAGCCACCGAGAGGACCAGAGCUCUAGUUGAGGGUGUUGAUUCGACUCGGCCACACAGAAUUAGCGUACGUUCAGUAACUCACAUGAGAAGGACAUCUCGAGAUGCAGCAUGCACCAUGGUGAUAGGGAAAGAUGUUGCGAUGGGACCGACUGCCGUGAAAGCAUCCAACGUCACCGCGACUAGCGCCGUCAUCUCUUGGUUACCCAGCAACAGCAAUCACCAGCAUGUAGUCUGCGUGAACAAUGUUGAAGUCAGAACUGUUAAGCCGGGCGUGUAUAGACACACGAUCACGGGGCUAGCGCCAUCCACGAUCUACCGGGUUACCGUCAAGGCUAAGAAUCUGCGAGCAACGCAUUUCGAGGACCAAAAUGCUCAGUCUGCUAAUAAUUUAGCAUGCCACGUCCACUUUAAAACUCUGCCCAAAGGACUGCCCGACCCUCCGGUCGAUAUCCAGGUGGAGGCUGGACCGCAGGACGGCACUUUGCUAGUGACCUGGCAGCCUGUUGCCCUAAACGGUUCGGCCGUCACCGGUUACGCGGUUUACGCCGACGGGAAGAAAGUUACCGACGUCGACAGCCCCACCGGUGAUCACGCCCUUGUCGAUAUUCACAAAUUAAUGGGCUUGAAUCCAAAGCAUAUCACCGUUAGGACGAAGAGUCGCGAAAGCCAAUCGGGCGAUAGCUGCGCCACGGCGAUACCCUGCAGUGUGCUUCGUGGUGGCACCCAACAUCUUCAGCAUGGCACGAUGCAUCCCGGGGUUGAUCAGAGUCAGCAGCAGACAAAUCUCGUUCCCGUGGGCAACCAGGAUGACCCUAAUCGACGUGGUGUGGCCACAGUACAGAGGUACCCAAGUGCGCCGGUUCCGGCUCACAUGAGACGACACGGUGCUACCAGGGUGGAUGCUCAUGGACAAGUCAUCAUCGAAACAGACGAAAACCUCUCCGACAAGGAGAUCUAUCCUGGUCAAGGCGUUUCGCAGAUGGGUGUUCCUGAAAUCACGAAGGACUCGGCCAGUGAGGCAAACUACAGCGAGGAGGAGGAUCAAACUAGAAGAGGUCGAAAUAUGCAACAAGCCCCGCAGUCUUCCUCCGGACCACCUAUGGGCCACCCUUCAGGAUCUCAUCAUGGUCAUCAUCGGUACUCUAGCCAUCAAGGUCCCCAAGGACCUCCACCUGGAUCCCAUAGAUCACCAAGAAGAGCCACCGAGUCUUCGAGACCUCAGGAUUGUUACUAUCAGGAUCAGUCGGUGAAUCAAAGGGGGCGAGGUCCCAUAUACAAAGGUGGAAGAGGUAACGUGAUACAAGGACCUCAGGGAGGACCUCAUCAUCCGCACCAUCCUCCCGGUGGAGUUCAACCAGUCAAUAAGAGGAUCCGAUGGUUCGUAGCGCUCUUUGACUACGACCCCACCACCAUGUCGCCCAAUCCCGAUGCCUGCGAAGAGGAAUUACCUUUCUCCGAAGGCGACACUAUCAAGGUUUAUGGCGAGAAGGAUGCCGAUGGAUUUUAUUGGGGAGAAUGCAGGGGUAGACGAGGAUACGUGCCGCACAAUAUGGUCGAGGAAUUGAAGGACCAAAAUCAGAGCCAGAUUCAAGGUCAAGGCACCAUGGGUAGGAGGGGCCAAUCUCUGAAUGACAGAUUCGCUGAUGCUUACGCUAACGUGCCGGUCAAAAAGAUGAUCGCUCUCUUCGAUUACGAUCCGCAAGAACUCUCGCCUAAUGUCGAUGCGGAGCAAGUCGAGGUGGCUUUCCAAACCGGUAACGAGGUCUACGUUUACGGAGAAAUGGACGACGAUGGAUUCUACGUGGGUGAGGUCAACGGGGCACGUGGACUAGUUCCGAGUAAUUUCCUGACCGAAGCACCAGUUCAAGGACCCCUACCCGCAGGAAGUAGAAGACCUCCCGGACAAGGUCAAGGACCCGGUGCGAGAGGUCCUCCACCACCUCCCAGGGAACCUCCGCCUUCCGGCCACCGACGUGCCAAAGAUGCCUGCAUUGUGCCUGUGUCUGUCCCUGUCUGUCACUUAGACUCUAGACAACAACAACAACAACCACUAAUGAACAAUCAACAACAUCAACUACAACAACAAAACAAUCCACCGCAUCUAGCGUACCAACAAGCGAAUCACCACAGCUACACGACCGUAACCACGUCGAAUCAGCACGGUCCGGGUAAUCCGCCGAUCGGUGGUCUCAUGGGUCAAGGACCCCAUAACGCCCAUCUUCAGCAGGGUGCAGGCCCGGUGCCACCCCAUCUUCAGCAACAGGGGAGGGGGAGAGGUGUGAACAACAGAGUCGGUGGUAGUAACGUACCAGGAGGGCUUCAAGGUCCACCCGGGCACAUGCAGCAACAACAGCAACCCCUCGACUACCAGACUCAACAGCAGCAACAGCAACAACAACAGCAGCAGCAGCAACAGCAGCUACAGAAUAAGAAUUUCAGUCAACAGAACCCCGGUUACCAGCAACAGGGGCAGCCGUACGGACAGCAGCAGAAUCCUCAGUUCCAGCAGCAACCGGGGCAACAGUUCCCGCAGCAACCUGGACAAGGUUCGUCGAUGCAGGGUCCCCAGGGGCCCAGCAAACCGCUGCGAGGGGUACCGGCGGUCGUCCCGACGGCACAAACCAAAGCUCCGACGGACGCCCAGCAACAACAGCAGCAACAGCAGCCGCCCUCGAGCACGGGGCCAAACCUAAUGCAAAAGUUCACCGAAAUGGCGGGUGCUGGGGCCGGCGGCGACAUCUUGUCGAAAGGCAAGGAGCUCAUCUUCAUGAAGUUCGGCCUGGGCAAGUGAACCGUUCCGGUGUCAUGGACGCGAUCGUCUCAUCGGUUACGGUUCUCCAUUACUCCUGCGACCCCACGAACGCAGGAUGGAAUACGAGAAGCUGGGGAAUCCGGUCCCGGUCACGGUCAAGGACACGGUCGUUUGGUCGUUCGCAUUCUUGUUCUCGGUACCUCUCGUCCGGCGUCGUACCACCCGUCGUUAAGAUCCACGCGGUACUCGAGGCUAGGUCGUCGGAAAGGGGACGAGAGUUCAAGGAAGAAAGUAAGAAAGUCGAGUGCUCGAGGGAGAGACGGCAACAACCUCGCGCACAGGUACCUACCUACGGUGUACCUACUCACAUAUCUACGUAUACGCCAAGACUGUAGAUCGCCAUAGUGAUCGGUAGGUAUUCGGUCCACUGAGCGGGUCUCCGGGCGGGUCUUCCGGAGCCGGUCUUCGGCCGGAACGAAACCCGGAGGCCGAUCCGCCGGAUGGAAGCCUUCAAGGGAUCAGGUUCGAUCGCGUUUCCGCUUCUCUGGAAGAGCUACUCGAGAAGUCGGGCGCGAGAGUCGCUCGCCCAAGCGAAGACGGAGUCGCGAACAGGGGAUGGCGCAUGCACGCGAAACUCGAGUAGCGAUCGGGCAGAGAAGAGUCGGGAGAUCCCGAGUGGAUCGGCCGCGGUGCGGACGUACGUACGUAGAUAGCUAGGUAAGAAGGUAGGUAGGUAGGUAGGCAAAUAGGUAGGUAGGUAGCUAGCUAGAAGUCUAGGUCGCUAGGUAGGUAGGUAGGUACUUACUUACCUGGGGAGACGGACGGAUGGACGAGCGGAUGGACUGAGCACCGUUUCGUCCAAAGCCGAGACGGGGAGUGGGCGUGCCUUGAGAUGCCUCAUUCUGACAUAAACAAUAAUCAUAUCUGUAUAAACCAUCAUGUUAACGAGUAAGUUAUCGAGUGAUCGUAAACUAUUAUUAAUGACUACCGCUACUGCUACCACUUAACUACUACCGUUACGGCUACUAUUACUACCACUAAUACUACAACUACCACUACUAUUAAUACUACUACCAGUACCGCAACUAUGACUAAUACUGUUACUACCGUUGCCACGAGGACAAGUACUAAUACUAUUCCUACUAAAACUAUUACCACUACUACUCCUUCUAUAAUUAUUACCGUUACUCCUCCUACUCCUGUUAUUACUAUUCCUGCUCUUACUAGAACUGCUGUUACUAUUGCAACCCUUGCUGUUACAUCUUGCCGUCGCGUCAAUGCGGCUGGGCCUGGAACAGUUGUUCGGUCACUUCGGACGUCCACACGUGGUGACUAGAUUUAAGACCAUGGUAUGCAGAUAUUUAGGUCAAAAUUGCGAAAGAAACGAUCUCUCCCUUUUUCUUUGGGGUAUUCAGGCGAAACCCUUUCUUUUACAUCCCAUUGCGAUUAAGCCCCAUUUGACUCGUAACAGUGACAACUGAAACUUGGAUCCACCCACCGCAUCCCUGACUCAAGCUUCGCAUGAGAAUGCAAAUUGAAAUGGAUUACGGGUAUUCAGCGUAAGACACCAAAUUAAAGUCCAACGCGUUACAACAUCUCGCGGAACUAGUAAUUGUUGACCGAUGGCAAUGGAACGUUGAGAUGUGUUUUGAAAGCCAUUAGAAAUAGUCAAGGCUGAAUAUUAACUUAAUCCAAAUGAACGCGUAGUUAAUCACUGCGAUAUAAACAUCAGAGAGUUAUUCUUCUCUCCCUUUUCACGUGUCUCUGUCGCUCGCACGAUAAGUUUUACAAUGACCUUCGAUGUGUUGAUUCGGAUCAAGGGAUCGUGUCCAGACUUCCAAAAUAAAUUUCCUAGAGAUUUCUUUGCAAUUUUGCUCUGUAUGGGAUUCUUUCUUGACCUAAUAAAAUGCAGAAAAGUUACACAGGGUAAAGUAAACCAAUUUAAUAGCGCGAGUAACUUGCUAGCACUACAUCGCUACAUUGCUAGAGUUACAUCGGUCGUUACGAGGUAGCUGCAAAGCAUAGGAAAAACGCUGAUUGGUCACCAUACAUUUAUCUCGUUGCAGAUCCCUGUGUUAAUCCCUGCGUUUCGAAGCUUUAUCCGAUACUUGAGGAUAUAGAGUGCUUCCAAAACAAUUGAUAAGCGGUCUGAUUUUUUAACGACAUCGGUGGCGUUUGUAUUCGAAAUUUCUGUAAUCUUCUAGGAGGCGGUUCGACCAGAUAAAAAUUUUAACGUAAAAUUCUUCUUGCAGUUGUACCAAUGGCGGAUGGAUAGUUCAGUAUCAGUCGGUCACUUAUAGGUAAUCGGUGGACCAGUUACCAACCACGUAUCCGUAUUCCUUAUGUGAACAAUGGUAGGGCCACUCCGAGCUCCGGAAAUUCUCUGUACAAUAACGUGUAGCAUCCAUGUGAUACGGCGGUACUUAACGCUUUCGAUAAGUACUAUCUACAGCGACCGCAAACGCGAACGCUUGAGUAGCCCUGCAAUAUCACUAACAGAAUCUCUCGCGUCAAAGUUUAACUGAUACAGGUAAUCGGUCAAAAUCGAAAGGAUUGCAAGCUCAACCUUAAUGAUUCGAUUCGUAGUUCUGUAAGCAAUUCUUUUAUUCGAGAGAUUACUGCCACUCUUCUCCCUCUACACCUUCUCACUCUCACUUUUCUUUCGACGUCAGGGUGCUGUCUCGUGGAACGAACGAUAAAGUGGAAGGCGAAAUCGAAAUUGUGCCGCAUGUUCAACCUUCACCGGUUUUGUUAAUGGUUUCGAUUCGUUAUCAUUUGGGCUGCGUAACCAACUCGAACUUCAAAACAAUCAUAAUGUUAAAACAUUAAAUUAAAGUCAUUAAAUACUAUGCCUAUAAUCACGCAAAAGAGUACUUGGUUGAAUCAAUAAAAUUCUUGUUGAUUU